AUGACUGAUGAGGCAAAGCAGUCUAUAGACAGGUCGCUAAUUGAAGACCUUGGAAUUGGAGCAAUGCCAGAUGCAUCCCCUCAUACAAAUAUCGCAUUAUUUCCAGGGAGGUGCUGCGACAGUCCUGUGCCAGUGCCGAGGGCUGACAAAGGUGAUGGUAAUUGGAGUGAUUUAGGCGACACACCCAUCAUCCAGGAACGAGUUACCAGAAGACAAAAUUCCCAACCUGACGGCUGUAGAAAGAUCUCUUGUGAAAGAGCCAAAAUUCGCCUUCAAGACAAAUUUCAGUGUAGGACCAGACUUGGAAUGUCCUGUUCAGUUGACACCGCCUGGCAAAAACGUGGAUUUGAUAGUUUAACCUCACACACAUUCUUCAUGUCAAAGUCAAAGUAUGGGAAGAAGGUUCUUAAGUCAAUUGUAUCACACAGGGUUUGUGGAACGUGUAACUGGUGGGCACGCAACCGUAAGGGUCAAGCAGUCAGACCUCACCUGUGUGUUAGAAACCAUCGUGGGAGUGCCAAACUGAUGGAAAGUGUCAGUGGGGAGAAAGGAGUGCAGAACUGA